AUGAAAAUCAUUCUGGUCUUUUUAUUCAUUUCCUCACUUGCUCUUUCAGGCAGAGCUGAGAAGGAUUCCACCUUUGAUUCUGCUGCAUCUCCCGAGACAAAAUCCAGAUUUGCCAUGUUAGAUGAUGUACGGAUCUUAGCCAAUGGACUCCUGCAGCUUGGGCACGGCCUUAAAGACUUUGUCCAUAAAACGAAGGGGCAGAUGAAUGACAUCUUUCAAAAACUUUACAUUUUUGAUAGGUCCUUCUACGAGCUCUCACUGCAAACCAGUGAAAUCAAAGAAGAAGAAGAACAGCUGAGACAAACUACAGCCAGACUGCAAAUCAACAAUGAAGAGAUAAAGAAUCUCUCACAGGAGAUGAAUUUGAAGAUUGAAGACCUCAUACAAAACAAAAACCAGCUGCAAGAGAAAGUAUGGGGACUGGAGGACAAAGUCACUAAACUGGCCGUUAUCCAGCCUUCAGUGCAAGAGACAAAGGAAAUUUCUUCACUCAAAGCUUUCGUGGAGCAGCAGGACAACCACAUCAAGCAGCUCCUCAGAAUAGUAGAGGACCAGCAUGUGCAACUCCACAGACAGCACAAUCAAAUACUGGAGCUGGAAGACAAGCUGAACCACAUAGAGCUGCAGGAUCUGGCAGAGAUCUCCUUCCCGGGGGAGCACAGCGAGCCAGAGGGCACCCCCUUCCCUCUGCCCAGUGCCACGCCUGCAGCACACACAUCUGACGGAGCUGCUCCUGACUGCACUGCUCUUUCUAACAGCGGCCUGCGGUCCUCUGGGGUUUACACUAUCAAGCCCAAAGGCUCAGAAGCUUUCGAUGUCUACUGUGAAAUGAAAUUGGGCACCUCCUGGACCGUUAUCCAGAACAGAGUGGAUGGAUCACUGGAUUUCAACCAAACCUGGGAUGCCUACAUAAAUGGUUUUGGAGACCUCAACGGGGAAUUCUGGCUCGGCCUGAACAAGACCUACUCCAUCACCAGGCAGGGGGAGUACCUGCUGCGGCUGGAGCUGCAGGACUGGAGGGAGAACAGGCGCUACAUCCAGUACGCCUUCCGCCUGGGCGGCCCCGCCAGCGCCUACGGCCUGCGCCUGGCCCGCGUCUCCGGCAGCAUCCCCAGCGCCCUCCCGGAGCACACCCAGCUCCACUUCUCCACUGCAGACCGUGCUGGGGGCGGCCCCGCCGACUUCAACUGCCCGGAGAACUACCUAGGAGGCUGGUGGCACAGUGAAUGUGAGGAAACCAAUCUUAACGGGAAAUACGUUGAACCAAGGUCAAGAGGAAGACUAGACAGAAGAAAAGGUUUGUACUGGAAGCCUAAGAAAGGAAGAUACUACUUGCUCAAGUCAACCAAAAUCAUGAUACACCCAACAAAUUUAAAAAGUUUUGACUGA